GGGGGUAGAGAGAGGGAAGUGGGCGGGAGCGGAGGGCAGAGUCGCUAGAGUAGCCGGCUGCCGUGGGGCGCUGGGCAGGUGGGAGCCCGCGUGGGCCAGGCCGGGAUGAGCGAUGGCAUCGGUCAAGGUGGCCGUGAGGGUCCGGCCCAUGAAUCGCAGGGAAAAGGACUUGGAAGCCAAAUUCAUUAUUCAAAUGGAGAAAAGCAAAACAACAAUCACAAACUUAAAGAUACCAGAAGGAGGGACUGGGGACUCAGGAAGAGAACGGACGAAGACCUUCACCUAUGACUUCUCUUUUUAUUCUGCUGAUACGAAAAGUCCAGAUUAUGUCUCACAAGAGAUGGUUUUCAACACCCUCGGCACAGAUGUCGUGAAGUCUGCAUUUGAAGGUUAUAAUGCUUGUGUCUUUGCAUAUGGGCAAACUGGAUCGGGAAAGUCAUACACUAUGAUGGGAAAUUCUGGCGAUUCUGGCUUAAUACCUCGGAUUUGUGAAGGGCUCUUCAGUCAAAUAAAUGAAACCACCAGAUGGGAUGAAGCAUCUUUUCGAACUGAAGUCAGCUACUUAGAAAUUUAUAAUGAACGUGUGCGAGAUCUACUUAGGCGGAAGUCAUCCAAAACCUUCAAUUUAAGAGUCCGAGAGCAUCCAAAAGAAGGACCUUAUGUGGAGGAUUUAUCCAAACAUUUAGUACAGAAUUACGGUGAUGUGGAAGAACUCAUGGAUGCAGGAAAUAUCAACCGAACCACAGCAGCGACUGGGAUGAACGACGUCAGUAGCAGGUCUCAUGCCAUCUUCACCAUCAAGUUCACUCAGGCAAAAUUUGAUUCUGAAAUGCCGUCUGAAACCGUGAGUAAGAUCCACUUAGUCGAUCUUGCUGGAAGUGAGCGAGCGGAUGCCACCGGUGCCACUGGGGUCAGACUGAAGGAAGGGGGGAAUAUUAACAAAUCCCUCGUGACUCUGGGAAAUGUCAUUUCUGCCUUAGCCGAUUUAUCUCAGGACGCGGCAAACCCUCUUGUGAAGAAGAAACAAGUUUUCGUGCCUUACAGAGAUUCUGUUUUGACUUGGCUGUUGAAAGAUAGCCUUGGCGGGAACUCUAAAACCAUCAUGAUCGCCACCAUUUCACCUGCUGAUGUCAAUUAUGGAGAAACCCUAAGUACUCUUCGCUAUGCAAAUAGAGCCAAAAACAUCAUCAACAAGCCUACUAUUAAUGAGGACGCCAACGUCAAACUCAUCCGUGAGCUGCGUGCUGAAAUAGCCAGACUGAAAACGCUGCUUGCUCAAGGGAAUCAGAUUGCCCUCUUAGACUCCCCCACAGCCUUAAGUAUGGAGGAAAAACUUCAGCAGAAUGAAGCAAGAGUUCAAGAAUUGACCAAGGAAUGGACAAAUAAGUGGAAUGAAACCCAAAAUAUUUUGAAAGAACAAACUCUAGCCCUUAGGAAAGAAGGGAUUGGAGUUGUUUUGGAUUCUGAACUGCCCCAUUUGAUUGGCAUUGAUGAUGACCUUCUGAGUACUGGAAUCAUCUUAUAUCACUUGAAGGAAGGUCAGACAUAUGUUGGUCGAGAAGAUGCUUCAACAGAACAGGAUAUUGUUCUUCAUGGCCUUGACCUGGAGAGUGAGCACUGCAUCUUUGAAAACGUUGGGGGGACGGUGACUCUGAUACCCCUGAGCGGGUCUCAGUGCUCCGUGAAUGGUGUUCAGAUCAUGGAGGCCACACACCUAAAUCAAGGUGCUGUGAUACUCUUGGGAAGAACCAAUAUGUUUCGCUUUAACCAUCCUAAGGAGGCUGCCAAGCUCAGGGAGAAGAGGAAGAGUGGCCUUCUGUCCUCCUUCAGCUUGUCCAUGACUGACCUCUCGAAGUCCUGUGAGAACCUGUCCACGGUCAUGUUGUAUAACCCAGGUCUUUUCCCUAUAAAAGGACCCAUCUGUCUAAGACUUGAAUUUGAGCGGCAACAGCGCGAAGAACUUGAAAAAUUAGAAAGUAAAAGGAAACUCAUAGAAGAAAUGGAAGAAAAGCAGAAGUCAGAUAAGGCAGAACUGGAGCGGAUGCAGCAGGAGGUGGAGACUCAGCGCAAGGAGACGGAGAUUGUCCAGCUGCAGAUCCGCAAGCAGGAGGAGAGCCUCAAACGCCGCAGCUUCCACAUCGAGAGCAAGCUGAAGGAUUUGCUUGCCGAGAAGGAAAAGUUCGAAGAGGAAAGGCUGCGGGAGCAGCAGGAAAUCGAGCUGCAGAAGAAGAAGCAGGAGGAGGAGAGCUUUCUCCGAGUCAAAGAAGAGCUCCAGCGGCUCCAGGAGCUCAACAACAACGAGAAGGCCGAGAAGAUCCAGAUAUUUCGAGAGCUGGACCGCCUCAAGAAGGAGAAGGAUGAGCAGUACGCCAAGCUCGAGUUGGAGAAGAAGAGGCUGGAGGAGCAGGAGAAGGAGCAGGUCGUGCUCGUGGUGCACCUAGAGGAGCAGCUGCGCCAGAAGCGGGAGAUGAGCCGGCUCCUCCAGCGAGGGGAGGUGCAGCGGGUGGAGGAGGAGAGGAGGGACCUGGAGGGCAUCCGGGAGGCCCUCCUGCGGGUGAAGGAGGCCCGGGCCGAAGGGGAGGACGACGGCGAGGAGUCAGAACGGGCUCAGCUGCGUUUCCUGGAGUUCAAGAGAAGGCAGCUGGUCAAGCUGGCCAACUUGGAGAAGGACCUGGUUCAGCAGAAGGACCUCCUGAGAAAAGAAGUCGAAGAGGAACAAGAACUCCUGGAGCGUUUAAAGUCUGCAAACGAAGAUGACUUCAGAGUGUCGGAGAAGGAUGCCGAGGGUGUCACACACGUCACCCAGGCGGCUCAAAUCCUCGAGAAGAUAAAGCCCGCGGAAUACAGGCUGCAGUAUAAGGAACGCCAGCUCCAGUACCUCCUGCAGCAUCAUUUGCCAACCCUGUUGGAGGAAAAGCAGAGAGCGUUUGAAAUCCUUGACAGAGGUCCUCUCGGCUUAGACAACACUCUUUAUCAAGUGGAAAAAGAAAUGGAAGAAAAAGAGGAACAGCUCGCUCAGUACCAGGCCAACGCGAGCCAGCUGCAGAAGCUCCAAGCCACCUUUGAGUUCACUGCCAACAUCGCCCGUCAGGAAGAAAAAGUGAGGAAGAAGGAAAAGGAGAUCCUCGAGUCACGGGAGAAGCAGCAGCGUGAGGCGCUGGAGCGGGCCGUGGCCAGGCUGGAGAGGAGGCACUGGGCCCUGCAGAGGCGCUCCACCCUGGGCCUGGAGAUCGAGGAGCAGAGGCAGAGACUGGCCACGCUGAACAGCAGCAGCAGCGAGCAGUCCGGCCUCCGGGCCAGCCUGGAAGCUGAGCAGGAAGCCCUGGAGAAGGACCGGGAGAGAUUAGAGCAUGAAAUCCAGCAGUUGAAGCAGAAGAUCUGUGAGGUUGAUGGUGUUCAAAAGGGGCAUCGUGGGACCAUGGAGGGGAAGUCUCCUUCUUCCAGCUUGCCAUCCAGUGCUGAAAAAUCUCACCUGGUCCCUCUGAUGGAUGCCAGGAUCAGUGCUUACAUUGAAGAAGAAGUCCAACGACGACUUCAGGAUUUGCAUCGCGUGAUUGGCGAGGAUAGCAGUGCAUCUGCAGAUGUGGCGAGGGAUAAUGAGAAACUCCACAAUGGCACCAUUCAACGUAAGCUAAAAUAUGAGAAAAGGUAUCUUGCCCUGCUGCUGCCCAGAGAUGUCACUGGCCCUUCCGGCAGAGAAGAGGGGAGGGAGGUGAAUCGGAACAACCAUCCGGGUCCUCCCACGACACAGAGCAUCUCGGCGUCUCCUGCUCCCUCCUCAGCAUCGUGCGAGAGAGCCCACCAGCGAAGACAUCAGUCCUCCGUACACAAGGUGUGGCAGAACAGUGAUCGUGGAUACGGUCAUCCUGAGUGUGCAGGCUGUUUCCAACCAAAACGUUUCAGUCUACCUGAAAUCACAUUUCUUAACGAAAGCAACACCAGUGACACAAAACAUCAGCAUCGGUCCGAACAUCUCAGUGAUCCGAUGACUCAUAAAGAUAAACACAACUUGGGAAUCGAGUCCAGCUGGACUUUGCUGCAAGAUUUGUCCCAAGAAGUGCCUCUACAUAAUGGAAGCAAGCAGACCAGGCAAAGCAAGUUACUCUGCUUGGUCCUCUCUGAAACGGUUUCUGGUGAGGAGGGUGCCUCCCACAGCGUUCCUCAGCAUGCACCCGCCGGGAAGUUUUGUGGUGAGCAGCAAGUCGAGAGAGAGUUAGAUGCUAAAAAAGCAAACUCUCCACAGUCCCUGAUAAAUAUCAGGACAGAAGGAAACAGCGGGUUGGGCUAUUUUUACCACAGGCUGGCAGACCUUUAUAAAGAUACCAGCAGUCACCUGCUACAGGCUGGCACAGAGGUGAUCCGCCAAGCCGGGCAUAUAGGGAACCUGUGUGACCCCAGGGGGCUCACCUCCCAUGUGACGACAUUUAUCAGAAGACUACCAUUUCUGAAACACUUUCCCCUGGACAAGCCCCUGAAGUCACAGCAGGCGUCAUCAGAGCCUUAUUCUUUCCCCAGAGAAGCUCAGGCUGGCAGCAGCGAUCCUGAAGAGGCAGGAGCCGCCAGGCCAGCAGAGGGCACCAUGCCUUUCAGAGCACCAGGCCUCACUGCUGCCUCUGCUGCUGCAGGAUCCCCAGACUCCUCCGCAAGCUCAGUGCUGCACCUAGAAUCUGAAGAUUCUGGAAGGAGACCCGCAUUUCAGCAGACUCUUGUGCGAUUCCCAGCCCAGAUGCUGAAACUUCAGGAGCAGCCUCUAAAAGACUUUCUUGAGCACGUGGCUUGUUCCGUACCAGAACUCUCAGGCGACAUAAAGGAAGUCAAAGGUGUUUACUGGCUUGCUGUUGCUAACUGCACAGAACCUGACCCUCAGCCAGCAUGUUUGCUUCUGCUUCAUUCCAUGCUAUAUGCUUUGGUUCUGUCAGAUAACCCUUCAGCCUCAAUGGGCAUUUUUCAUGCUCUGCCUCUCUCUGGACUAGAGGAAAUCCAAGUCAGCUUUGGUGGGCAGAGCAUCAGACUCUUGGGCUCUGCAGAGAGUCUCCUGCUCACCGUAUUUAGUUACAGCAAAACCCUCUGUCAGCAGAUUUGCAGUGACCUCCUGUGUGUCCUGAUGCCCGAGUCUGAUGCUGCUGUACGCACUAAUCACCCUUUGUUCCAACAAGAUCUGGUUCAGCUUUCUCUUGACUGGAAAGCAGAAAUCCCUGAUUUAGUUUUGGCAGAUGGUGUUCGGUUGUCAUCCAGAUUCCAGGAUACCUUGGUUGACAUGAUUUACUUUCUUCAUGGAAAUAUGGAAGUCAACAUCCCCUCUCUGGCAGAGAGGAUGGUUUCUCGCUCUUUGGGAACAAAUCCAGACGACCUGAAGGACCCAAUUAAAAUUAGUAUUCCACGCUAUGUGCUCUGCGGGCAAGGGAAGGACGAGCACUUCGAGUUUGAGGUCAAGAUUACUGUCCUAGAUGAGACAUGGACCGUAUUCAGGCGCUACAGUCGCUUUCGAGAAAUGCAUAAAACAUUGAAGUUAAAGUAUGCAGAGCUUGCUACCCUUGAGUUCCCUCCAAAGAAACUAUUUGGAAACAAGGAUGAACGAGUGAUUGCUGAGAGGCGAAGUCACUUAGAGAAGGCCUGGCAGGAUCCAUGGAUCAGAGAGAAGAGAUGCUGUUGGAGCACAGUGAAGAAGCUGCAACAUGAGGACCAUUGGAGAGCCGAUCCAAAAUACCUCAGGGACUUUUUCAGCGUGAUGCUGCAGUCCGCGACGUCUCCCCUACACAUCGACAAAGUGGGGCUGACUCUUUCCAAACACACCAUCUGUGAGUUCUCGCCGUUCUUCAAGAAAGGGGUCUUUGACUACAGCAGCCACGGGACGGGGUAGAGCUGGGGGUGACGGAGGAACCACCGAUGCAGUGCCUUCUCGUCCACGUGGCCCUCCCGGCGUGCGGCAGCCUCCCACACUCCUUCUGGGCCUGCCUCCUCCUGUGGCAGCCAGACGUGCAGCAGCUGGCCUGGGCCGCCCCGCCAGGGCCUCCCGGGUGCCUGACUUUGGACUGGCAUGUUUCACUUCGCUGGUGGUGACCCUGACGGGCAGCUGCUACUGUUCCAUUGCCGUUGAACGUGGCCUUUUCCCCCAUAGUGCUCCCUCCUCCUCACAGCGGGAGGCCGUCCCCUGUGGCAAAAUGGACGUGGCCGGCUUACCUUGGGCCUCCCUGAGCCACGCCAACCUGGGACCUCCCAAACUGGGUGUGCGGCUUACCAGACCUACCUGAAAUGACUUUCAUCUGGUUUCCUCUUCCACCAAAAUAUAUCUUAUUUUUUAUAUGCCUUCCAUAUGGCUGGCUGUAUCCCACGAGAAGCAUUUUAAAUGAUUUCAUUGUAUUUUUUCUGUUUCCCCUCAUUUGAGUCAGAACUUUUGUACGAUACCUGACCACUGAUGUUUACACAGAAUUUCAUAUUCUGCAAAAGGGAUUUAUGGUCCAAUCAUGACUGGAAUCUUCCAUGCCUGACAAAUUAGAUGUAGGCGACAUCACUUAAAACAUCUGUAAAUCCAUACAAACAGGAUAUAUGUUUAAUCUUGAAUAUCUGAGGAAAUUUUCCUAAACGUAAAUGGCUACUGUGCAUUCUUGAGCUGUCUCCGCUAAGCACAAAAUAAGCGCUUAGCUGAAUGCAUAUUUUUAAAUUUUUUUUCACGUUUUUGUUACAGAAUCUACUGGAUCUUUGGCUGAAAGACUAGAAUUUGCAGUAGUUUAUUAAUGAUCCCUUAAAAUUACUCAGGACUUAAUGUAGCAUUGCACAUCCAUGUACAAUAAAACUGCUUUGUUUUACUAAGAAGAAAAAUGUAAGUGGAAAAAUAUGUGGCAUAUACUGAAAUGUAUAUAAUUCUACCUAUAGAUUUAUAUAUGUACACACGCCUGUACAGUAGUUGUAUCAAAAUAUAUAAUCAUCCACGCCAAAUUUAUUAAAGGUAUUUGCUAUUUCAAAAUUUAAAUUGAGCUGCUAUCAAUAUUAAAUGAAGUUGUAGAACCUA